AUGGAUAAUAUUGAUGAAUGUUGCAAAAAUCAUGAUGAAUGUUAUGGAGAUUUAACUUCAAUAAUAUCGUCUUACAAGAUCGAUUUGAAUUGGAAAUGUGCAGAUAAGCAAUUAUCUGAUCGGUACGAAGCUUGUGAUAAUUGUGUACCAUUGUGUUCAAAAAAAGCUUGGUGGCGUAAACGUGCUAGUUUUGUUGAUUAUCAUGUAUGGGUCACACCAUACGAUGAAAAAGAAAGGUUUGGUGGAGGUAAUUAUCCAAAUCAAAGUCAAGGUGAUGGUGGUUUAUUAAAAUAUACUGAAAAAGAUCGAUCAAUUGUUGAUAAAGAUAUUGUUCUUUGGUAUACAUUUGGUGUAACACAUAUACCAAGACAAGAAGAUUUUCCUGUUAUGCCGGUUGUUCUAUGUGGUUUUACUCUUAAACCUAAUGGAUUUUUCGAUAUAAAUCCAGCAAGUGAUAUUCCAAAACCAAUUAAAAAAACUGAUGAAACAUGUUGCAAAAAUUAA